AUUAAUGCUGGCUUAAUUACGGGAUCAAGGCCAGUGACACCCAAUUGGUGUCAUUCCUCAUAAUUUUUUUUGUUAAUCACUUAAUUAGUUGGAAUUUCUUACGCAAGAAUUCACGUGUUUACCCGCAGUGAAAAUUGAUUACGCAUUUAACGAGUGAACAACCGUUGCGGUUUCCCAAUUCAAUUGAUUUGAAUUAUGGUUAUCACGCACAUACUGCAAUGGGCAGAUUAUUUAGUAAUCGCAGUGAUGCUGAUGAUAAGUAUUGGCAUUGGAAUCUACUACAGAUUCACUGGUGGGAAGCAGAAGACAAUAGAGGAAUAUUUCUCAGCGAAUCGAUCGAUGAGUAUUCUCCCAGUUGGAAUAGCUCUGAUGGUGUCAUUCAUGUCAGCAAUAACACUGCUGGGAGUAUCAGCAGAGAACUAUGUUUACGGAACACAAUUCGUUGUGAUUAAUCUGUCCUACCUCUUGUGCACGCCAAUAGUUUGCUAUGGAUUUCUGCCAGUUUUCUAUCAGCUGCAGGGGACAAGUGUCUACGAGUACUUGGAAAAACGUUUUGGCGGAUCGACCAGAGUCCUGGCAAGUUUUGCCCUGUGGAUUCAGCUGCUGUUGUAUUCGGGAAUAGUUCUCUAUGCCCCAGCAAUAGCAUUCGAGACGACAACUGGUCUAUCAAAAACAGCGAGUAUUCUCAUAGUGGGUCUGGCCUGUGCCUUUUAUUCGAGCAUCGGUGGGAUCAAGGCCGUGUUAAUUACCGAUGUAUUUCAAGCAUUCCUCAUGUUUGCCUCAUUGCUCCUCGUCAUCUUCACAGCAUCGAGUGCGGCUGGUGGUUUUGGAGAAAUCUGGAAUAUCGCUGAAAGAGGGGGAAGAAUUGAAUUCGACAAUUUCUCCAUUGAUCCAACGACUAGACAUAGCUGGUGGAGUCUCAUAAUCGGUGGAGGCUGCACCUUCCUCUCCCUCUAUGCCGUCAAUCAGGUUCAAGUUCAGCGAUUACUCACUGUCAGGAGCUUGAAGAGCGCAAGAGCUGCCCUUUGGAUCAACUGGCCUAUCCUCACAGCCUUGUCUAUCAUAACUUGUUUCUCAGGACUUGCCAUUUACAGCAAAUAUCACGACUGCGAUCCCAUAAAGGAUCAGAAAAUCAAAUUCGAUAUGUUGAUGCCAUAUUAUGUGAUGAAUAAUAUGUCGGAGUAUCCCGGACUCCCUGGAUUAUUCAUCGCUGGAAUAUUCAGUGCUGGUCUCAGCACAAUCUCAGCAGCCCUCAAUUCUCUGUCAGCAAUGACUCUAGAGGAUUACAUAAAACCACUGUAUUCCAUGAAGACAGGCAACGAAAUGAGCCCAAAGUAUUGCCUUGUCUUGAGUAAAGUGCUAGCAUUUCUCAUUGGACUGGCAUCCAUCCUUUUGGCAUUUUUGGCUCAUUAUUUAGGGGGCAUUCUUCAGGCUAGCUUAACCAUUUUUGGAGUGGUUGGUGGUCCUCUCCUAGGAUUAUUUACUCUGGGGAUGCUCUGCGAAUCAGCUAAUCAACGAGGUGCUAUCACUGGAUUCUCUGCUGCCCUGGCUUUUCUUCUUUGGAUUGCCUUCGGGGGCCCUAGACCUAAUGCACCACGACUUCCCACUUCCACUGUCAACUGCAAUCCUCUCGUUUCCAUCAAUGAAACUCUUGCUGCCAUGAUGCAAACCUUCGCUGUUAAUCAAAAUGUGGCAGCUCCUGGGAUUGGGACUGAGACUGAAGAGGGUCGAUAUUUCUAUCUGUACAGAAUCUCUUAUUUGUGGUAUGCACCUCUCGGGGCCCUCAUCACUUUAAUACUUGGCUGGCUUGCAAGUCAAGUCUCCAAGUGCUUUUGUAAUGAGGAGGAAAUGUAUGUCAAUCCGAAUCUCUUUUUUCCAUGCAUUGCUGCGAGAAUUAGGAGGAGAAUGCAAAAGGAUAUCGACAUUCAAGGGAUCCCAGGGAGCAUUUAUGCUAAAAAAUAUUCAUUCAGUCUCAAUGAUCCUGCCAUCAAGCUCAAAAAUUCUACCAAUAUUUAAUUGAUUACCUUUGUUUAUCAAUUGAAUAGUGGAUUAUUAUUUAAUUAAAUUAAAUUACAAUGAAUUUAAUUCAUUACAAUCUACUUGAAUUAAUUAAUUCAAUUGAUUCAAAUUAAUUGAUUUAAUUAUUCCUGAGAACUGUAAUUUUGAAUUGUAAAGCUCAAUUAGAUAUUUUAUGGCUAGUUACUUUGUUAAAGGGUCUUCCCUUGAAUGAAAUGAAUGGUAUAGAUUUUUUGAUAUUUUUAUUAGGUGUCUUUUUAGUUUCAUUUGUUAGAUAAUUUGAUACUUUUGUUUAUAGGAUUGAGUCAGGGAUGUAUCAGUAAAAAAAAAGGACUCGAGAGGUGUGUGAUGUGUUAAAGUACAAAAUAUGGUACUCAAUCUCAAGACUAUAAUUAAUAUUUAAGUGAAAAUGUGUGGAGAUCACAAUUUGUCUUCCAUGAUGAUAUAUCCGAAAUACUGAAAUCAUAGUAUUUUUUUGGAUAAUCCGUGCUAUCUCGAUUUUCAAGCAUUUCAAGUUUUUCGUGAUAACUGCCAAUUAUCCAAUGUAUCAGUACUUAAUUCCUCAUUUUAUACAUUUUAUCACCGCAAAAAUAGUUUUUUACUCCAAAAAGAUCAUUACAGUUUUUCGAGAAUUUUUUAACGUGAAUAUUUUGCACGUUGUAGGCACGACAUAUUACGGAUUAGAAAAUAUAUUUUAGUGUACCUCGAAAAUCGGAGAUUUAUAUUUGCCAAUGGAGAGAAAAUAAGAAAAUCCAGUCUGAACAAAAAAGAAGAGAAAAUAUAUGAAUUGUUGAAAUUUAGGAAAUUGGAUUGGGAUAGCGCAUGGGAAAAUAAUUUAUUCAACUUCAUUUCAGCCAUGUAAGAAGUAGAAUAAAUUUCAUCACUCGAUUGACUCGACAGCGUCCAAAUGAAUGAACAAACAAGUACGGGAUCAAUCGAGGAUAAUCUGGGCCAAUAAAAUUGUUAGAUUAAUCAUAUUGGGCUUUUAAGAGUUGAAAAAAUAUUUAUAAUAUCGUGUUAUCAAGUGAAAUACAGUAUUUACUACAGCAAUCAAUAAAAAUCUCACUAUUAAAA